UUAUGGUGGUAAUCUAACAAUUUAAAGAUCUUGUCUUUGAAAAUUAAAAUAAAAUCUUUCGCUUUUAACUUGAAUUAAAAAGCGCUAUAUAUUAUCAAAUAUAUUUCAUUUAUAUAACGAUUAAAUGUUUCUACAGCAUAAGCAAUAAUGAAAAGAAUAAGAAAAUAUCCAGAGACUCCAAAUCCAUUGUUUGAAAAAUGGCUAGAAGAAUGGAAGGAAAUGGCAGCUGCAAAAGAUUUACCAAUUCAAUAUGCUUUUGGAAAAGCCCUAUCCUCUUUGAGAAAAUAUCCUUUGCCUUUAGCAACUGGAAAAGAAUGUUAUAUUCUAAAUCACUUUGGGCAUAAAUUGUGCUGUAUGCUUGAUAAAAAAUUAGCAGAGUAUAAUAAUUUACAUAAUAUAUCAUCUACUUAUAAACAAAAUAUUUCUUUGCAAAAUAAUAGUAAAACAAUACAAAAUAAAUCAAACAAAAUAUAUAUUCCAAAAAUUGGUUCUCCAUCUUAUGCUAUUUUGAUAACAAUGUAUAAAAAUAUGAAAAAACCUAAUUAUCCUGGCUUUAUGUAUAAAAAUGAAAUAAUAUCGCAAGCACAAAGUGAAUGUGAAUAUCCAAUGAAAACAACUGCUUCACAGCAUUAUGCGGGUUGGUCUUCUAUGAGUUUAUUAAUUACUAAGAAUUUAAUACUUAAAAAAAGUAAUCCAGCAAAGUAUAGUUUAACUGAUACCGGCGUGUCACUUGCUAUAUCAUUACAAAAAGCAAGAGAAAAUAUUUCCUCAGAUAGUUCCGAUGAAAAUGCAGGAUUAUCUAAUAGUUUAUUAAAUGUAAAAGAAUCUCUAAAUAGUUUAAUAGCUUCUUCACUUAAAUCUAAAAGUAAUACAUCAAAAUCCUCUGAAGACAGUAUCAAUGAUCUUCUACAUAUUGAAAAAGCUCCCUUGUAUUUAGAUUUAACAACAAGUAAUUUAACAGAUUCUAUUAAGUCUUCAUCAGUAUUAAAUAAUGAUCAUGAAAAUAUUAAAGAAAUAGAUGAUAUUAUAAAGAACGUUCCCUUGGAAUGUAAUACAAAGAAAAAAAUUGGUGGGAUACAAGAUAGAAAAAGAAUAUUUACAAAAGAUGAUUCUACAGAUAAACAAAAUAAAAAAAUAAUUCUUAUAGAAAAUACAUCAAAUGAAUCCUUUUACCUUUUACCAAAUAACUUUGAUAUCAUUUUAUUGGUGGAUACACAAGAAACUAGUGGUGGUAAAAUGAAAAUGAAUAAUAAUGAAAAAAUAUCAGAAUUGAGUAAAAGUGGAAUUUUAUUUGAAGUUAGACGUUUAGGAGUUGGAGAUUUCAUGUGGAUUGCUAGAUGUAAAUUUACAAAUAGAGAACUUGUUCUUCCUUACAUUGUUGAAAGAAAGCGUAUAGAUGAUUUUAGUUCAAGUAUUAAAGAUGGAAGAUAUCAUGAACAAAAGUAUCGACUAAAAGAAUCUGGCAUUAGAAAUGUUAUAUAUAUGAUCGAAAGUUAUGGAAAGAAUUAUCAUGGUGCAAUACCAUUAACAUCUUUAUUUCAAGCAGCAAUGAAUACACUUGUUCAAGACGAUUUCAAUGUUAAAUUCACACAGAAUCACAAAGACUCAUUGCAUUAUUUAAUUACAAUAACAGCAAUGUUGACUGAAAUAUAUGAGGGUAAAGAACUAAACAGUUGUAAAAAAGAAGACUUACCAUUGACAAAUUAUAAUAUUCACGAAGGUUUGGUAUUCUUGAUGGAAUUUACAUUAUUUAAUAAAGCAUCGAUGAAGCCAAAAAAUUUUAAUGUCCGAGAAAUAUUCGUUCGACAAUUGCUACAAUUAAAGGGGAUGUCACUGGAGAAGGCAUUGGCAAUUGUAGAGUUGUACUCAACUCCAGUAUGUCUGACAGAAGCACUUAUAAAAGGAGAAGAAAAUUUGUUAGCAAACAUUGUUGCAGGUCCAACAAAACGAAAAUUGGGACAUGUUAUUAGUAAAACAAUUUAUCAAUUAUACACCAAAUACGAUUUUGAUUGAUGUAAUCCUUUGUUAUUUUUAGGCUAUUUGCUUACAUUUAUAAACAUAUAUGUAAAUGAAA